AAGGCUUUUUUUUGGUCUUUCUGGUCAUAAAAUCUUAUAGUUUGCCGAUAAAUCUAUUGGCUUAUAGGGUUGGGUUAUUACAAUUAAGGAGGUUAUAACCACUACGUUUUACAAUUUAUCUAAUGUUUGUGUAAUUAGGGUAAUUUUAAUUAAUCAUACAAAAAGUGUUUCAUAUAACAUGGAAGAUUGUUUAAUUACAAAUAUAGAGGGCAAGCGAGUUACCUUGAAAAGACGCCGGCCGAAUCCAUUAUUCGAAGAUUGGCUUACAGAGUUGUAUGAAGAAGCCAAAGUUAAGAAAAGUAAAUUGGAAUUGAAGCUCAAAGAGGCUCUGGAGGCAAUUUCUAAAUAUCCGCUACCAUUAGCCAAUGGCGCCGAGUGCGCUGUCUUGAAAGGAUUUGACAAAAAACUGUGUUUGUUCUUGGAUAGACGUAUAGAAGCUUAUAAUAGUCAGCAAACUGAACCACCGCCUGAUAUAGACUCUGAAGAUGUAACGCCUUUAAGACGUAAGACAACUAGAAGCAGUACAGGUUCAACGAAACCCAGUACAAACAUAGAAUCAUCUCACAAUACUAGCAUAAGUUCUGAAAAUGAAAAUAAGUCUACUGAACAGUUAAAUACUAGCUCAGACUCUACAGGCUCAAAGAAUAAAGUAUCUAAAACGCGAAAAACAUAUAAACCUGCAUUCAGAUCUGGUGGGUAUGCCAUUCUUAUUACAUUAUUAGAACAGUUAAGAAUUAGCCCUGACAACCCAAGUUUGAAAAAAAAUGAAUUGAUUGAAAAGGCCCAGCAACAUUGUGAUGAAUCUUUUACUAGACCAAAACCUGAAUCAUUUUACACAGCUUGGUCCAAUAUGAGUAGGAUGGUAACUAAAAAUCUUGUGAAGCAAUCAGGACCAAGAAAUGCAGAGUAUUCUUUAACUGAUGAAGGAAUAGCUUUGGCUACUGAACUGCUAGAAGAUUCAAAGAACAUACCAUCUAUAAAUGAUAUUGUAUUCAAUGGUGUGACAGCUUCUUGUCCUGUUACAUGCAAUGGAUCUGUAGAAACUAAACUGCCAAGUAAAACCUCAUCACAAAGUAGUCUAGACAGUGGGAUAUCUGUAUCGGAGCCACAGAGGACAGUAUCUGAUACUGCUACUGUUGUAGAAUUAACAGGUGGUUCAUUUAAUAUAGUACUACUUAUCGACAAGAAUGAAACUAGUGGUUCCAAAAACAAAAAUGAUCCAACAGUGGCUCAGUUUAACAAAUAUUCAGAUUUGAAACAUGAGUAUAGGAGUUUAAAAGUUGGAGACUUCAUGUGGGUGGCCAGGCAUAAAGUCAAGAAGCAAGAAUUAGUACUACCAUACAUCGUGGAACGAAAGAGAAUGGAUGAUCUUGGAUCUAGCAUCAAAGAUGGAAGAUUCCAUGAACAGAAAUUCAGAUUAAGAAAGUGUGGUGUUCCAAAUGUUAUUUAUUUAGUAGAAAAUUUUGGGUCUAACAAACAUGUAGGGUUGCCCUUGCAGUCUCUUAUGCAGGCUUUAGCUAAUACAAGAGUGCAUGAUGGUUUUAAAAUUCACAUGACUAAUUCCUUAGGAGAUUCAGCAAGAUUUUUAGCAAUUAUGACUAAAAGACUCACUAUAGAAUUUCAGGAUAAGCAAUUAAUAGGAAGUAAUUCAGAGUGGAAAGGUGAUGAAGAACUGAUGAAAUUUGAUUACUUCAAUAAAGCUUCAAUCAAGAACAAACCUCUGACAGUCACAGAGACAUUUAUAAAGCUGUUGUUGCAGUUGAAAGGGGUUUCCGUUGAUAAAGCACUGGCCAUCACCAAAGUAUACAAAACCCCUCGGACUUUGAUAAUGGAAUAUGAAAAAUGUAGUCGGAAAGAAGGAGAAAUGCUCUUAGCCAAGAUGAAGUAUGGAGACUUAAACCGAAAUGUAGGACCCAUUGCUAGUAAAGCUAUUUAUAUGUUUUUUGUUUGGAGGGAAUAAGCAGAAUGUUUAGUUUGAAUUAUGUCAAGAUGGGUUUUUUGUAAUUGUGAGAGACUAAAUAUGAUUAUUCUAAGUAUUA